AUGAGAAUUCCUGCAAGUGAAGUAAUUGAUGGUGAAAUUUAUACUUUUGUUAAUUUACUCGGAAAAGGAGCUUUUGGAACUGUUUAUAAAUGUAAAAAUUCUAAAGGGCAAUUUGUGGCUAUUAAAAGAAUUAUGAAUGACACAGCAGCUUUGGAAGCAAAAAUCAUGCGUCAAUUGAAUAGACCAGAAUUUGAACAAUAUUUUGUGCAAUGCCAUAAAAUAUUUCAAAGUGUUGAUGGAGCUAUUUGUAUAGUUAUGGAAUAUUGUUCUGGGGGUUCUUUAGAAGCUUUUGUUAAAAGAGUGGGAAGAAUUGAUAGAAAUUCUGCAAGUACAUUUUUGGCACAACUAGUUAAAGGUGUUCAAAAAUUACAUACUAUUGGAUUAAUGCACAGAGAUUUAAAACCUGCAAAUAUUUUAAUUGGCCGUGUUGGUGUUCAAAUUAGAUUGAAAAUUGCUGACUUUGGAAUUUCAAAAGACAUUCCAGACUCUUCUACAUUUUUAACACAAUGCGGGACACCUUGUUAUAUGGCACCGGAAGUAGUUGAGGGCCAACGUUACGAUAAAUCAGCAGAUGUAUUCUCUUUAGGUGCAAUUAUGUAUUUUAUGACAAGAGGAAGUCAUCCUUCAAGCUUUUAUUUUGACAGAUGUGGAUAUCCAGAAUAUAUUGACAGACCUAAAGGACAUUCACACAGUUCAAUAUCUGGUAGAAUGAUGUGUAAAAGAAAGGAAGAAAGGCUAAAAUUGGAUGAAAUUGAAAUACAAAAUAAAAAUCAAUUUUUUCUUUUAAAAACGAGAAAUUGUACAAUUUGUGGAAGAAUUCUUUCAAAAUAA